AUGGCAACACCCACUCUCUCGUCGCAGAGUACGAAUAGUUCAAGUGCACAUUUGCCUUUGGGGUCCGGAAGAAUGAGUGCGCAAUCGGGUGGGGCCGCUUUCUUGCAAGAGAGGUUGAGGGAGAGGAAGGGAAGGGAGAGGAGAUUGAGUGGGGAUUUUGGUGGGAGUAUUAAUAUGGCUAGGGAAAUUGAAAGUUCGCCAGUCAAUAGGGGUAGUGGUGGUAGCGGAGUUGUGCGGGAGAGGGAGGAGAGAAGACCGAGCUCAAGUGGAGUGGGUCAACCGGGGAAGAAGUCGAUGGGUGUUAAGCAAAUGGAAGAGACUGUCUCGACCUUACAUAAACAGAAUUUCGAUCUAAAACUGGAGCUUUUUCAUCGGCGACAGAGACAAGAAGCGUUAGAAGCGGAAUUAGAACAUUUGAGGAGCCAGAUCCAGGAUCAGACAGAAAUGCAAGAAGUCAAUGAAGCAUUACUCAAAGAGUUAGAGAAACGGGAUCAGGCAGUCGAAGAAGCUGUUGGUAUCAUUUGUCAACUGGAAGCUCAAAUUGCGAGACUAUUACAGGAACGAGAAGAUGUAAGGAGUUUCGAGACGCAAUAUGGAGAUGACUUCUACGAUCACAGCAACGGAACGGAAAUGCCAAGUUCACCUCCAAACUUCGAUAGAGACACUUCGAGAACUCCUAAAGGAAAAGAUACUGCGCAGGUUAUUGCUAGGAUGCCUUCAUUUCUAUCCGAGAAAAGUGAAGGUGUGGAAGCCUUGAGAAGUUUAUAUCUUCCUAACACCAACAAUUACAGCGAUGUUGUUCUUCCAAAGUUGCCAGAAGAAGGUAGUGAAAGUGGAAUGGCUAGUCCUUCAUUAAGUGUUCUGAGUGAGAGUUCAUUCUUGAGCGUUUAUGGAGAAAAAUCAUCUGCCGUGAACGAAGAUUUUGAGGCCUCUCCACCAAAACAACAUCGACGAACGAGCUCUUCAGUGGAAAAGUGGAUUGAUGAACGUCCAGCUUCAACUAUGCCUAUGCGAAUACCAUCACCUUCACCUAAUUCUAGUGGUAGGAGAAGUCAAUUCCUGUCAAUGAAUUAUGUUGCUGCUUCGCCAUUGCAACGCCUUGAAAAGCUUAGGAGUAAUCUGGAAAAGCAAUAUAACAAUAGUACCAGUAUGCGACUCAAAGCUCGAUCGGAAAAGCGAGAUAGUAUUCAGGAUAUACAAAGGUUCAACGAGGGUAGUCUUCGACUCACGACUGAUGGGAAUGGGUACGAAACAUCGCAGAAAUUACCACCUACGCCAGAUACUAUUAGCACUGGCACUUUGAGAAAUUAUAAAAACUCCGAUGAUACCUUGAAUCAAAGACGUCAAGCCAACGAAGAUGAGGUUACAUUCCUUCAUAAUACAUCGACAUUUUCGGUACCUCCUGCUACCUACAAUCCAUAUCAAUCGACUACAUCUAUACGACCACGCAGCGCUGGGGAGACAGUAACUAGUCGACGUGAAGGACAUGGAUGGGAUACGGAAACAUUGGAGACAGAUGAAUUAGAUACUCUAACCAAUUACAGUACCGACAGUGCCGCCGAAGGGACCAAGAUUCAUCCUCCCACUCGCCAACCUCAAAGCGGAAAUCAAACACCAGAAUUCUUCUCCUUCAAUACUACAUCUCGCGAGCGCGAUACUAUGAGAGCAUGGGGUGUCGAUGGAACCUAUAAUGAUUAUCCCACAACACGUGUCCCGUCUGGCUCAAAUUCUGGUUCUCGUGCUUCAAAUUCUACGGCUCGACGUUACGAAAUUCUUCGAGCGCUAUCUCAAGCUGAGACUCACCCGAAAAGUGAUGGCACAAUUACCUCUGGUUAUUUAGAUCGUAGGCCACAAUCUAGAGUUGAGGAUCGUCGGGAGCGACAUUUUGCAGGGAGGGAGAUAGAAAGAUCAUCUACGCCUCUAGAUGAAAAGACAUCCAAGCCUCCUGCACCGGACCGAAGAUCUUCAUUAGCAGCUGCUACAUCAAAAUUGAGGAAACAUGUUCCAGCUUCUAUCAAUACGAGUCAUGAUUCUAAUCCUAAGAUGCCGCUAGCGCCUGUAUCUGCGAGUAUCCCAAACACUCCUAGAGAAAAUUCCAAAGAGAAAGAGGGAAGUAAAGAAAAGGAUUUCAGGAGAUUACUGCCUACGAGAUUGUUCUUUGGGAGAUCAGAAACUGAACCUACUAAUAAUUCAAACUCAACCUCGAGUUCCAGUUCCAAUUCAAAUAUAGACCGCAGGACAAAGUAUCAAACUAUGCCGAUGAGGAAUAGUAGAUAUAGUAGUCGACGAACGGACUUGAGUGAUUAUCAGUUAAAUGGUAGUGAUGAGAGUGGGAAUAUGGUCGAAAAGACGACAUAUUUUGAAGAGGAUGAUGUGGAAGUUGAGAGAGAGAGAAGUGCAACACCACCACCUAUUUCGAGGAACAGAAUGCACUCGACGCAAAUUCAUCGAGAGCAUGUAGUGAGACCGAGGAGUGCGUGUGCGGGUGUAAUGGUGAGUGCGAGGGAAAGAAGAAGAUUCGGAGGUGAUGGUGCUCAUGAUGGGGAUGAGGUAGUGAGAGGUUGUAUAUCUGGAGCUGGAGCUGGCGGUGAGAAAAAGGGUAUUAAGGCUUUAGGUUCAGGUUCGGGUUCGGGUUCUGGUAUGGGUAGAGAAAAACGUGAAAAUGCACAAGCGGAGAUAGUCAAGGAAAACAGCAAGGAGAAUAACGCAGUCAAGGAAAAAGAAAAUAGUUCUGCUUCGAUAGCUACACCAGGCCACGGGAGAAAAUGGUUCGGUCUUGCGCACGUGGGUGUAGGCGUAGGUAGAUCGGGGAGUGUUUCUCGGCGUUGA